GGCGCCAUGUGUGAAGCGUUAACUUUUGAUCAUUUGUAACGGCAAUUGGUCUCCGUAAACAUGGCUGCGUGCCUCGCAUAAUGGGGACAGUGUUGUAUUAAAUUGAGGCGCGCAGUUUGCCUUGUGACAGUGGAGCUGGUGAUGUGGACGACGAUAACAUGCGACGGCUGACUGUGUGGAAGGAAUGAAGUGACAGCCCGGGCUGUAUGUGAGCGGAAUAGACUGAAACAGCUGUCAGGGAUUCCAGGAAGUGAUACGGUGUAAUCUAUUACUGCACAGGACAACCAUUGUAUGUUGAAACCAUUGUAUGCUGAGACCAGAACUCUAUGGAAACCUGGUAAUUGGUUCUGAAGCCCCAAAAUGUCAUCCAAAAAUAGGAAAAAUAAUACUGAAGUAGAUGACCGGCCAUGUAAAGGAGGAGCCCGAGCUGACCUGAUCCCAGGUGAUUCCCCCCCCUGCCCAGCGGAUCUAUCGCCAUAUUGUGAGGGGUUACAUGAUCAGCCACCAUGAGCUUCCUCAUAGACUCCAUCUUCAUGGUCAUCUCUCAGCUGCUGUUCUUUGGCUUUGGAUGGCUGUUCUUCAUGCGUCAGCUCUUUAAAGAUUAUGAGGUGCGGCAGUAUGUCGUCCAGGUCGUCUUCUCGGUGACCUUCGCCUUCUCCUGUACCAUGUUUGAACUCAUCAUUUUUGAGAUCCUGGGCCUACUCAAUAGCAGCUCUCGGUAUUUCCACUGGAAGCUAAACCUUUGCGUCAUCCUGCUGGUCCUCGUCUUCGUGGUUCCGUUUUACAUUGGAUACUUCGUGGUGAGCAACAUUCGACUGUUGCACCGGCAGAGGCUGCUGUUCGCCUGUGUGGUGUGGCUUACCUUUAUGUAUUUCUUUUGGAAGCUGGGAGAUCCCUUUCCUAUACUGAGCCCAAAACAUGGAAUACUUUCCAUCGAGCAGCUGAUCAGUCGGGUGGGAGUCAUCGGGGUGACCCUAAUGGCUUUGCUAUCUGGAUUUGGUGCCGUGAAUUGUCCGUACACAUACAUGUCCUACUUCUUAAGGAAUGUGACAGAAACUGAUAUCCAAGCACUGGAGAGGAGAUUACUACAGACUAUGGAUAUGAUAGUCAGUAAGAAAAAGAGGAUAGCCAUGGUCCGGAGGAAUAUGUUCCAGCGAGGAGAAGUGCACAACAGACCGACCGGAUUCUGGGGGAUGAUCAAGAGCGUGACGUCAUCGGCUCCUGGCAGCGAAAACCUGUCUCUUAUCCAGCAGGAGGUGGAUGCCCUGGAAGAAUUGAGUCGCCAGCUGUUUCUAGAGACCGUGGACCUUCAUGCUACUAAGGAACGUAUCGAAUACUCAAAAACCUUCCAGGGAAAAUACUUCAACUUCUUGGGCUACUUUUUCUCCAUAUACUGUGUGUGGAAAAUCUUUAUGGCCACAAUCAACAUCGUCUUUGAUCGAGUCGGUAAGACGGACCCAGUCACUAGAGGGAUUGAGAUCACUGUGAAUUACCUGGGCAUACAAUUCGAUGUGAAGUUCUGGUCCCAGCACAUUUCCUUCAUCCUAGUGGGGAUCAUCAUCGUCACCUCCAUCAGGGGACUACUCAUCACCCUCACUAAGUUCUUUUACGCCAUCUCCAGCAGCAAAUCUUCUAACGUGAUUGUUCUUCUCUUAGCGCAGAUUAUGGGAAUGUACUUUGUCUCGUCAGUGCUCCUGAUUCGGAUGAGCAUGCCCCUGGAGUACCGCACCAUCAUCACCGAGGUCCUAGGAGAACUGCAGUUCAACUUCUACCACCGCUGGUUUGACGUCAUCUUUUUGGUCAGCGCCCUGUCCAGCAUCCUCUUCCUGUACCUGGCACACAAGCAGGCCCCAGAGAAACACAUGGCUUUAUAAUAAAGGGAGAAACCCGCCGGGAGACACGGUGGCAUCUCCUGGUCGGAUUUGUGUAUUUGGUGGUAAAUCAUGGCGGUAUGACCUGUGGUAUCGCUGGUGGGUAUCUCAGUCUGUAUCUCAGCCUGGUCUGGAAGAUACAUGUAUUGCACAUGAUCUGUGUGGGUCGAGUCACCUGACUGAACUUUGGCAGACUUGAGACAAAUGUCGAGGCGCUCCCACACCACAACCUGAAUUCUUGGUAUUGUUUAAAGAAGAAAAUAUUUUAAAUCAACUGGUGCCAGAAAGUUCUACAGAUUUGUGUUUAACUUCUAUAUAAAAUUUUUAAUCCUUCCAGUACUUAUCAG